AUGAGAAGAAUUCAACGAAGGACAGAGGAGGAAGGGGGAAGAAAACAAGAAAGUGAGGCUACGAAUUUGCACAUUAAAGGCCAAAUAUUGGAGAAAAAACUUGUGGCGAAGUUGGUGGUGGUUGUGGGUUUAGUGGCGGUCGGUGGCAUUUCUGGUAUUAGUGUCAAUGGAGAUUCUAUCUUCUGGUCUCAUUUGAUGGAGACGAAUGAUUUCCCAAAGUCGCCGUAUUUCCAGAAUUUUCGUCUAACGGGUCAACGAAUCUUAGAAGACUUUCCACUACGAGGCAAGACUGGUGGGUCAGACACCUCAGGUUUUGUGAGUGGUGGAGGACGUGAUACAGCUACAUUUGGUAGCAGUCGAACGAAAGAUGGAGGACAGAGUAUCUAUACAAAUGCUUCUGAUGAUGGGUGCAAAUUAGUGCUUGGAUUGGGUCCAACACCUAGUACAUAUUCUGAUGAUUAUUGUGCAGCCCGGGUUAAUAAAAACAAAGGUUCGACAACCAUAUUUACUCAGGGGUUGGCAUCUGACUAUGAUUCGAUUCUAAAACUAGGACUGUCUGGGGACACAGAUGACGUUUCGAAUAUACUUGAAUUUUCUGCUUCUACGCAGAAUGUUUCUGAUGCACAUCAUCACCAGGAUCGAAUGUUUUCAGAUGGUCAUAGGCUUGCAACCCUUGUUGUUGAUGAGGGUUCUACGUCAGCAAAGAAAUCCGGUGGCUAUAUGCCGACACUACUUUUGGCUCCUAGAAUGGAAAGUAAUAAAAUUUCGUUGAUGACUGAUGAGGUUUCAAAUUUUGGUGCAAAAUCCCAAUGCCAGGUUUCCGAGCUCAGUGCUGAACCUUCUAGCAUCUCUAAUUAUUCGAUGAGCACCAUAUCUGAACCUACUCUAGCUGGGGCAUCUUCAGACCACAGAACUAGCAACCUAAAAAGAUGCAAGUUUACUGGAUGUACAAAAGGAGCACGAGGGGGAACGGGUCUUUGCAUUGGCCAUGGGGGUGGACAGAGAUGCCAGAAACCUGGAUGCAAUAGAGGUUCUGAGAGCCGAACUGCCUAUUGUAAAGCCCAUGGAGGAGGCAGGAGGUGUGAGCAUCUUGGAUGCACUAAAAGUGCUGAAGGGAAGACAGACCACUGCAUAGCACAUGGUGGUGGAAGAAGAUGUGGGUAUCCAGGAGGGUGCACUAGAGCUGCCCGUGGAAAGUCGGGUCUUUGCAUCAGGCAUGGUGGGGGUAAGAGGUGUAAGGUGGAAGGUUGCAGUCGAAGUGCUGAGGGACAGAUUGGCUUAUGCAUCUCCCAUGGCGGUGGACGACGAUGCGAAUUCUUGGGUUGUACCAAGGGUGCGCAAGGUAGCACCAUGUUUUGCAAAGCACACGGUGGUGGAAAACGGUGCAUAUUUACAGGGUGCACCAAAGGUGCCGAGGGGAGUACGCCUCUCUGCAAAGGGCAUGGUGGUGGAAAACGCUGCCUCUUUGAUGGUGGUGGGAUAUGCCCAAAAAGUGUGCACGGAGGUACCAAUUUCUGUGUUGCUCAUGGUGGUGGAAAAAGGUGUGUUGUUCCAGGCUGCAGCAAGAGUGCUCGUGGCCGAACUGAUUGCUGUGUCAGGCAUGGUGGAGGAAAGCGCUGCAAAUUUGAAAACUGUGGAAAGAGCGCUCAAGGUAGCACCGACUUCUGCAAGGCGCAUGGUGGUGGAAAGAGGUGCAACUGGGGAGGUGGAAAAUGUGAAAAAUUUGCAAGAGGAAAGAGUGGGCUAUGUGCUGCACAUAGCAGCCUGGUUCGGGGACAAGCAACAAAUGGAGGAGGAAUGCUUGGGCCUGGACUCUUCCACGGAUUAGUACCAGCUGCCUCUACUGCUAGGAGCAGCUUCGACAACACUUGUUCUUCAUCCGGAGUUAGUGUGAUCUCGGAUUCUCCCGAUUCACUUGAAAAACCAGCAAAAAGGUCACAUCUUAUACCUCCUCAGGUAUUGGUUCCUUUGCCGAUGAAGGCCUCGUUGUGUCCCGAGAAGCAAGUGGAAAAAAGCAAUACCGGCAACCUUGACAGUACCAGUGCUGGAAAGAGCUUGGAUUAUGUGGUUCCGGAGGGAAGGGUGCAUGGUGGUGGACUCAUGUCCUUACUUGGGGGAAACCUGAAGAAUGCUAGUGAUGGGGAUUUGAAUUGGUUUUAG